AUGGCCGACGUCGACUCGGCGACACGCCUGAGCGAACUGCUCAAACACCCAGAGGACCUCGAGAAGCUCUCGGCGCUCAAGGCGGAAUUCACUCGCAAGAAGGCGGCCGUGGACGGACAACUCCGCCAUGGGCUGAAGGAGCAGCUGGAGCUGACCCAGUCGGGCAUGAACAGCAUCACCGAGGGCCAGCGCACCGUGAACCUGAUCAAGGAAGAGAUGAUGAAGAUAGACAAGCUGUGUGCCGAGGCCCAGAACAUGAUCCAAGACUUCCCGCACAUCAACCUGGUAGCACAGACACACAGGAACUUUGAGGCCGUGGAGAAGAUGCGCAACGACAUCCAGACCUUCGAGGCGCGCCUGGAGCAGCUGGAGACGCUGCUCGCCGAGGACGAUGAGGACCCCAUCAACCAGGAACGUCUGCUGCAGAUCCACUAUGGCCUGACCCAGCUGCGCGACGUCCGCGACGAUGCCAUGGCACAGAUCAAGAGCACCGAAGACGGAUCGACCGAGCUCAUCGACAAUCUGACCCUCGAGAACGGCAUCACUGUGCAGGACCUGUUUACGCGACUCGACGACGUCGUCGAGUGGUUCGACAAGCACAUUGGCGAGACCUGCAUCAACCUGAUCGACCUGGUCCAGUCUGGAAAUGACGGCCUCGUGGUCAGGCUCGCAAUCAUCGUCGAGGAGGAAGAGAAGACGGACAAGAAGGUCAAGGCACUGCAGGAUGCUCAGCGCGAGUACAAGGACCUUGCGUCGCGGUUCCGGUCAAUCAACUCGGGACCCAAAGAGCUGCGCGGCUACAAGGACAAGUUCAUCAAGUCCAUUGAGUAUGUCUGCCAGGCUCAGAUGGACGAGGCGAGAGAGAAGUUCAACGAGGAUCCCGAGAAAAUUGACAAGUACUUCAAAUGGUACUUCAAUCACCUCAACGUAGUCAAGCUGGGUAUGGUGGACCUCAUGCCCAAGAAGUGGAAGAUUCUGCAGACAUACACAAACAUAUAUCACAAGGCCAUGCACGACUUUCUGGUUAGCUUUGCCGACGACGAGACCCUACCGCCACAAUACGUCCUAGCCGUCAUCAAUUGGGUAGACAAGUACUAUGCGAAGAUGGCCAAGCUGGGCUUUGCUGAGGACGAUCUACAACCGCAUGUCAUCGAUAACCGUAGCCAGGAGCUCAUUCGAACAUACCGCUCAGUCAUCGUCAAGGCUGUGGACCAGUACAUGGACCGCAUCAACGAGCAAGACCGCAAGAGCUUCCUCAAUCAGGACAGGGAAGCCUAUGAAAUCAACGCCGACGGCAUUUUCCAGACGAGAUCACUGGGUGAUGUCUGGACACUUUUCAGUCAGAACCUCUCCGUGGCUGCGAGCAGCGACCGCAACGACGUGGCUGAGGGCGUUGUCGACUCCAUGUUCCGCACCCUCAUGAGUCGCCAACGCAUCUGGUCGCAACUCAUCGACGAAGAAAAGGACAAGUACACCGGCCUCAACCCCACCUUGGACGGCGAAACCGUUGCUGUGUUCCAAGAGUGGCUCAUCGCCCUCGCCAACGACCAGAUCAUCUGCAUCGACGACGAAGACGACGUCAACGGCCGUGCAUCCUUUGUCACAGUUUUCGAGCGCGAAGUUGUGCCUCUUGUGUCCCAGCAAUUUGCACUUGAUCGUCUCCCCGCCCAAGUAGACGAGCUGAAGAAUGGAUACAUCGACAUAUCCUCCAAGUGCAUACAGAUUUUCUGUCAACUCAUCUUCCUGACAGAUUUCAAGCCCAUCCUGUCCAAAUUCUUCACACCAGAAUGGUACAACAGGACAGACAUGGCAUCUAUCAUCGCGACAUUCAGAGAUUACCUAAACGACUACUUGGACCAAGUCCACCGCUCCCUCCGAGAUCUUGUCAUCGACAGUCUCGCCGACGAACUUCUCAUCCAAUACCUCUCCGCUGUACGCAAUAAGUCUGUAAAGUUCCGUCGCACAGAUCAGUUCGCUGCAAAGAUGAAAGACGACCUCAUAACCGCCUUCGACUUUUUCCGCGAAUUCGGUCCCCAGGGCGCAGAAAUCCUGCAGCGUUGGCGCGCUGUCGAGUACUUCUUGAAACUGCUUGAGAGCGACAAGACACAAGUUCCGUUUGCGUAUGAGGAGUUCAAGUACAACUAUAAAGAUGUGCAUAUCAGUUGGGUAGAGGCGGUGCUGAGGGCGAGGGAUGAUUUCGAGAGGGGCAUGUUGAACGCGGUUAAGCAGAAGGCGGCGGAAACGGUAGGCGAUGAAGCGCCGGAUGAUCCGAUCAUGGGGAGGGUGAGAUAG